AUGAGGGAGUGCAUCUCGAUCCACAUCGGCCAGGCCGGUAUCCAGGUCGGAAACGCGUGCUGGGAGCUCUACUGCCUCGAGCAUGGCAUUCAGGCUGAUGGCCAGAUGCCUGGUGACAAGACCGUUGGGGGAGGUGAUGAUGCUUUCAACACCUUCUUCAGUGAGACUGGCGCUGGGAAGCACGUCCCCCGUGCUGUGUUUGUUGACCUUGAGCCCACUGUCAUCGAUGAGGUGAGGACUGGCACCUACCGCCAGCUCUUCCACCCAGAGCAGCUCAUCAGUGGCAAGGAGGAUGCAGCCAACAACUUCGCCCGUGGUCACUACACCAUUGGCAAGGAGAUUGUUGACCUGUGCCUUGACCGCAUCAGGAAGCUUGCCGAUAACUGCACUGGUCUCCAGGGCUUCCUUGUCUUCAACGCUGUUGGUGGAGGAACUGGCUCUGGACUUGGUUCCCUCCUUUUGGAGCGCCUGUCUGUUGAUUACGGCAAGAAGUCCAAGCUUGGGUUCACUGUGUACCCAUCCCCCCAGGUCUCUACCUCGGUGGUUGAGCCAUACAACAGUGUCCUGUCCACCCACUCUCUCCUCGAGCACACUGAUGUCGCUGUCCUUCUCGACAAUGAGGCCAUCUACGACAUCUGCCGCCGCUCCCUUGACAUUGAGCGCCCAACCUACACCAACCUCAACAGGCUUGUGUCCCAGGUCAUCUCAUCCCUGACUGCCUCCCUGAGGUUCGAUGGUGCUCUUAAUGUGGAUGUGAAUGAGUUCCAGACCAACCUGGUGCCCUACCCGAGGAUCCACUUCAUGCUUUCCUCCUACGCUCCAGUGAUCUCUGCUGAGAAGGCCUACCAUGAGCAGCUGUCUGUGGCUGAAAUCACAAACAGCGCCUUCGAGCCAUCCUCCAUGAUGGCCAAGUGUGACCCCCGCCAUGGCAAGUACAUGGCCUGCUGCCUUAUGUACCGUGGUGAUGUGGUCCCCAAGGACGUGAACGCCGCUGUGGCCACGAUCAAGACCAAGCGCACCAUCCAGUUUGUGGACUGGUGCCCAACUGGCUUCAAGUGCGGCAUCAACUACCAGCCUCCUAGCGUGGUGCCCGGUGGUGACCUGGCCAAGGUGCAGCGUGCCGUGUGCAUGAUCUCCAACUCCACCAGUGUUGUGGAGGUGUUCUCCCGCAUCGACCACAAGUUCGACCUCAUGUACGCCAAGCGUGCCUUCGUGCACUGGUACGUGGGUGAGGGUAUGGAGGAGGGCGAGUUCUCUGAGGCCCGUGAGGACCUGGCUGCGUUGGAGAAGGACUACGAGGAGGUCGGUGCUGAGUUCGACGAGGGUGAGGAUGGUGACGAGGGUGAUGAGUACUAG